AUGGUCGUCGCUACCAUCAAAUGUGUCGUGGUGGGGGACGGUGCAGUAGGAAAGACCUGCCUGCUCAUCUCAUACACAACGAACAAGUUCCCUUCGGAAUAUGUCCCCACUGUCUUUGACAACUACGCCGUGACCGUGAUGAUCGGCGAUGAGCCUUACACUCUUGGACUGUUCGAUACCGCCGGUCAAGAGGAUUACGACCGCCUGCGCCCGCUCUCUUACCCGCAGACUGACGUGUUCUUGGUCUGCUUCUCCGUCACCUCACCUGCUUCAUUCGAGAACGUCCGCGAGAAGUGGUUCCCGGAAGUCCACCACCAUUGCCCCGGUGUUCCCUGCCUGAUCGUCGGCACCCAGACCGAUUUGCGCGAUGAUGCCGGUGUGCGGGACAAGCUCGCCCGCCAGAAGAUGUCCCCCAUCCGCAAGGAAGACGGUGACCGGAUGGCUAAGGAACUUGGCGCUGUUAAAUACGUCGAGUGUUCUGCCCUGACACAGUAUAAGCUGAAGGAUGUCUUUGACGAGGCUAUUGUCGCGGCACUCGAGCCCGCGCCCAAGAAGAAGUCAAGGGGCUGCCGCUUGCUGUGA